CCAAUCUUACCCGCCUUCCUCCCUCAUCCUGUGACAGCAUCGCUUCUUUCGCCUUUCCUCCUCCCCCACGCCACCUUCUUCCUCCUUUUCCUCCACCCGCUCCUCGUCGCCGCCUUCCCGCUACCUUUCCGCCCACCCUUAACCAGGCAGCUCCUCGCUGCUCGGUACAAUCCACACGUGUAACCUUGGUCUGCGACACCGGCUUCGACCCGACCAUAUACACGUGCCCCCGACCGUCCGCAGCCCAGGCAGCGUGAGGCAGUGCACGAUUGCGCCGUCCGCUUGGAUUAUGAGGUAGCAUUUGGGUAUCUCUUUUGGCAUCAUUUGGUCGCCCGAAGACCUCCACGACCCGACGACGACGACGACGACGACGACGAAACGAGAAGAAAUCGCCACGACCACAAGUCAGUCAAUCGCCGUUCGGGAGAUUGGCCCCUGACACCGGUCUGCCGAGCCUACGGCCAUCAACCACGGCGUUGACCGUGGCCCUUCACGCCCCGCGAUGAAGGACUUGCCAGGCUCGCUUCCCGGCAAGCCCGUACUCCCAUCGCUCUGGACCGAGAACCUCACCCUCGCCGUCCUCAACCGCCUCCCGAACCGCUACCAUGUCGGCCGCCGGCGCAUGCGCGCAAAGUCCAACACGGCGCGCAAUGGCAUGCCCGACAUCACCACCCUGGAAACGUCUUUCAGCUUUUGGGACGGCAUCCGCGACCUACAGAAGCACAAGUUCAAGCCCACUGAUCUGCAGUACAUCUUUGUGGCCGGCCUCACACUCUUCAUGUUGUGGAUAUCCCCGUCGGCACCGACCCUCAAGUUCUUCGCCCUUGUCGCCAGCGUCUGGGUCCUCCUCAUGCCCGCCACGAGACAGUUCUUUCUGCCGUCGGUGACGAUAUGGGUGUGGUUGCUCUAUUUCUUCUGUAGCCGGUUUAUUCCCUACGACUACCGGCCGCACAUCUGGGUGCGCGUGCUGCCCGCACUGGAAAACGUUCUAUACGGUGCCAACCUGUCCAAUAUCCUUUCUGCGCACAAGCACGCCGUGCUCGACAUCCUCGCGUGGCUGCCGUACGGCAUCAUCCACUUCGGGGCGCCCGCGGUGUGUUCCCUGCUAAUGUUCGUUUUCGCUGCGCCCGGGACGUUACCCGUCUUCGCACGGUCGUUUGGCUGGAUGAGCAUCCUCGGCGUCACCAUUCAGCUCGUCUUCCCCUGUACGCCGCCCUGGUAUGAGAACGAGCACGGCCUCGUUCCGGCGGCCUACGGCAUGCCCGGGUCCCCGGCCGGCCUCGCGCGUGUCGAUGAGAUCUUCGGCAUCGACCUGUACACGACGAACUUCACGGCCGCGCCGCUGCCGUUCGGCGCGUUCCCCUCACUACACGGGGGCUACGCCGUCCUCGAGGCGCUCUUCAUGAGCCACUGCUUCCCACAGUUUCGCGUCUUUUUCAUCGCGUACGCCGGCUGGAUCUGGUGGGCGACCAUGUACCUGAGCCAUCACUACGCCAUCGACCUCGUUGGCGGAGGCCUCAUCGGCAUGGCCUUUUACUAUUCAGCGCGCGCACGGUGGCUCCCGCGACGCCAGGCCGACAAGAUGACGCGAUGGGACUACGACUACGUUGAGGUCGGCGACCGCCACCGCGCCUCCGACGAAGAACUUGGGGGGCAGUACUUUAGCCUCGGGCUCCUCGAGCACCGCCGCGCCAGUUCCAGCGAUGGCUGGACCCUGGGCAGCAGCUCCAGCUACAGCUCGAGCAGCGGCACGGUGAGCCCAACGAUAUCAGAGGGCCCGCCGGGCAUGCUGCUCGUCGACAUGGAGAGCAACGGACAGCUGUGGGACGGCAACGCGGCGCCGCGCGAUGUCGAGCUGAGUGAGGUGGUCGUGAUGCGGUAGCACGAGCGCGGCGCUGCUUGACGGCGCUGCCUGACCGCGAGUCGCGGCCUGACGACAUUAAGCUUCUUGGUAUUUACAUUCUUCAACACCCCUAUUCAUCUUGGCAUCAUCGGCACAGCGAAAUGGCGCACAUCGUGGUAUUUAUGCGACGCCACGCCCCGCGGAGGUGGCCGCGGCCGCCCGGGUGUUACAGCGGUCGACUUUAUGGAUAUUUCGGGGGCGUGGACACGUACUGCAUUGGCCGGGGCCCUGGGGUGGGCGUGGGAACGAUAGAGUACGUAAUGUGUAUAACAACGGGACGGGGGUAAUCGUGCAUGUGUGCAUAUGGGAAUGCACCGAUACGCUCGCUAGAGCCGGCCUGGUCGGGGGAAGGCGCUCUCGGAUGGGAAAUUUUACUGCUGGGUUUUUGCCGCCCGCGAGGGGGGUAAUGAUGAUGGGAGGUGGGUGAGCAGGCGGGAAUCCAGUGCCACUCGCUAGACUAGAUGCUAGAACAAUGACGACAAGUCAACGACGGUAAGGUUCGGUCGCGGGAAGUGAAUAUGUAUUUGUCUGGCAGUCGUGGCUUGUCUGUCGCUUCGUCAAAUCGCCACCCGCACAGGUACGGGCAUCACUCCGGUGACUGCGGC